AUGGGCUCUCUUAGCUCGAUUAUUGCCGCUAUCGCUUUACUAAGCGUGAAAGUCGUCGCCGCAACGACGAUUAAUAACAACACGUACGAGUACAUCGUCGUAGGUUCUGGACCUGGCGGUGGACCACUUGCUUCCAAUCUUGCCAGAGCUGGGCACUCAGUGCUGCUCCUCGAAGCUGGAGAUGACCAGACGGAGAAUCUCAAUGUGUCGAAUUGGUUGAACUUCAAUCUAGCAGGCAACGACCCUGCUACGCGUUGGGAUUUCUUUGUCAAGCACUCCGACGACGAAGCCCGGGAAGCGAGAUAUCUGCACAGAACUUGGCGUAAGCCAGAUGGAGGCUUCUACGUUGGCAUGGAGCCUCCUGAGGACUCUACCGCCCUGGGCAUUUACUACCCGCGCGCAGGCACUUUAGGCGGUUGUGCCAUGCAUAAUGGCUGCUUGACUAUGAACCCCAACGAUGCGGACUGGGAUGAGAUUGCUGAGAUGACUGGAGAUGACUCAUGGUCGCAUGAGAAUAUGAGAAAGCAUCUCGUCAAGCUCGAGAAAGUGCAUUACAACAGCUCAUACGAACAUGGCCAUGACGGUUGGCUCGACAUGACUAUGCUAGAUCCUGGCUACACGACCAGCGCUGAUGCCAAGCAGCUCAGUCAAUUUGCUGCGCAAGCUGCGGGGUACUCUGCGUCGUCUGCUUCAAAGCUACUACAGCGCGAUAUGAACGGAGCCCAACCCGAUCGUGACCAGCUCGUCGGACCUUUCGGUGGCGUUAGUCAUAUCAACCCCAAUGGGCGCCGGUCAUCGCCCGGAUACUACGCUCGAGAUACUGCUGCUUCAGGCAAAUACCCGCUGACCAUCUUGCUGGACACACUGGCGACUAGGAUCAUCUUCGACAAGGCUUCUCUGGGUCUGCCCAAGGCGAUUGGCAUUGAAUACUUGCAUGGGAAGAGCAUGUAUAGUGCCGACCCUCGCUACAACGCUGACGACAAGGGUGUCGCGGGGAAAGUAUUCGCGUCUAAGGAAGUAAUAAUCUCUGGGGGCGCAUUUAAUUCACCACAGCUCCUGAUGCUCUCUGGCAUCGGCCCGCUUGAGCAACUCACCAAGUUUAAUAUCUUCCCGGUGGUUGACUCGCCCGGUGUGGGCAGACAGAUGGCUGACAAUUAUGAGGCCGGUAUCUUGUCGCUUGGCAAGCGUGCCGUUACUGGCAUGUCAGAGAUCUUCCCCAACUUUUGGAAGUCUUCCACUUCGCAACUGGGUAUUCGUGAUAUCUACAUGUGGUGUGGCUCUUUUCUCUUCGAAGGUUUCUGGCCAGGCUUUCCAAACCGGCCUCCAUACUUCAAUGAAACCUAUGGCCCAGCACAGUACGAGUGCGCAAUGGUUCACAUGAAUCCGCGCUCGCAAGCCGGCACGGUUGAACUUCGAUCUGCUGACCCACGCGACGUUCCUGCCAUCAACCUCAAUUUCUUCAAAGAUGGAGCAGAGGAGGAUCUCCAAGCCAUCUAUGAAGGUGCCGAAUGGGUACGUUCCUGGUUGUCGAAAGUGGAUCCAUCGGCACCCGAUUCAUUGGGUCCUUUCCAAGAGCUCCACCCAUGCGAAGGUGUGAUUGGGAAGCAGAACUGCACGGUCGAGAGCCAGAAGACGUACAUCAAAGAGCAAGCUUACAGUCACCACGCUAGUAGUAGUUGCAGGAUUGGUGCUGAUGGAGAUAAGUACGCCGUGUUGGACAGCAAGUUCAGAGUGAGGGGGACGAGAGGGCUUCGAGUGGUAGACGCAAGCUCGUUUCCGAAGGUGCCAGGAGGCUUUCCUGUGUUGCCUACUAUGAUGAUCAGCGAGAAAGCUACCGAAGAUAUACUUGCUGAGCUGUGA